GGAGUGGUCGUGAACGCACCCCAGUGUUCGUGCGGCGUUCAGGGCCUCCCAGCUGCGCAACGUGUCGCUCAGGUCGCUGCCGUGCAGAACAUCUGGGUUCAAGCGGACAGACGCGACACAGAAAAUCAAUGCAAUGCAGUUUCUCAGACGCUGUCCCAGCCUGACUCGAUUCGGCCCCCUCAGCCCUCAAAGGAAUGAGGUGGCACCUGCUGUAGCAUUGUGGACGUUGCGUCUUUCCAGCAGCAGCAGCGGAAGUGGCAGCAGGGAGGAUCAAAGAUCAUACCAACAUACUCGCAGUCCCAUCUGGAGACAUGGCCUGGCAGGGCUACUGGCUGGUGCAGGGGCUGUAUUGGCAUAUAGCCUACAUCAUCAUAAGGCCGAGCAGGCAAAUGUGAGUGGGCAGACCAUAGGGAAGGGCUCCACUCUUCCUGUCUUCAGCCAGGCGGAGGUGGCAAAGCACCGCUCUCUGGACGAUGGCGUGUGGGUCACCUACCAAGGCAAUGUCUACGACAUCACUGAGUUUGUGGCAAUGCACCCUGGUGGGGAUAAAAUCUUGCUGGCAGCAGGUGGUGCCCUCGAACCCUUUUGGGCACUGUAUGCUGUCCACAACCAGGAACACGUGCUGGAACUCCUCUCCGAGUACAAGGUUGGCCUGCUCAGCAAAGAAGACCUGAAGAAGCAGCAGGCCGUGAAGUCGUCUGACCCGUACUCCUCUGACCCCGAGCGCCACCCAGCGCUGCGCGUCAACAGCCUCAAACCCUUCAAUGCCGAACCGCCUCCUGAAAUUCUCUCAGACAGCUACAUCACCCCAUCUGCACUCUUCUUCAAAAGAAACCAUUUACCAGUUCCUCAGGUGGACCCGGCCACAUAUCAGCUCCGUGUGGAGGGACUGCCAGGCGGAGUGCUGACACUGUCUUUAGAAGACUUGAAGACCAGAUUCCCCAAACACACCGUUACUGCUACGCUGCAGUGUGCAGGCAACCGCCGAAGCGAGAUGAAUAAGGUGAAGCAGGUGAAGGGACUGAACUGGGGCAUCGCUGCCAUCAGUAAUGCUAAAUGGAGCGGUGCUCGGCUCAAGGAUGUGCUGCUGGCUGCUGGUUACGGGCCAGACGUGGUCCAACGUGCUCGCCACGUUCAGUUUGAGGGGCUGGAUAAAGACGCCACAGGGACUAGCUACGGUGCAUCGAUCCCCUUAAAUAAGGCAGUCAGUGAGGAAGGAGAUGUGCUUCUGGCUUAUGAAAUGAAUGGUGCUGAUAUUCCGCAGGACCACGGCUUCCCAGUGCGGGUUGUGGUACCGGGCGUAGUGGGCGCACGCAAUGUGAAAUGGCUGGGAAAGAUAAUCGUCAGUUCAGAGGAGAGCAGCAGCCACUGGCAGCAGAACGACUACAAAGGUUUCUCCCCCGGCACCGACUGGGACACCGUGGACUUCAAAUCUGCUCCGGCCAUCCAGGAGCUGCCCAUUCAGUCUGCCAUCACCGCACCGGCAGACGGCGGCGUGGUUGAUCGGAGCGAUGAAACGCUGACUGUGAAGGGUUACGCGUGGAGCGGCGGGGGUAGAGAGGUGGUGCGCGUAGAUGUUUCUCUGGAUGGAGGGAAGACGUGGCAGGUUGCCCAGCUGAAGAGCAGUGAGACGGGACAGGCUGCCGAGGCUUCACCUCCACCGGGCCGGGCCUGGGCCUGGAAGCUGUGGGAGGUGACUGCUCCUCUCCCUCAUCACGCUCAGGAGCUGGAGAUCAUUUGCAAAGCCGUUGACAGCAGCUACAACAUGCAGCCAGACACAGUUCCCCCAAUCUGGAAUCUGAGGGGCGUGCUGAGCAACGCCUGGCACCGAGUGAAGGUGAGCGUCAGAGAGGAUUGAAGAGAAACACAGACUCCAGCUUCAUACUGACUAAUAUUUACGCCUUAAACUGACCCUGAGUUGAGCAAACUUAGUUUUAAACAGGAAACAGUUUACAUAAGGAAUUACUCAGUAUUGUUGAAGUCUUUUUGAAGAUUUGACUUUAUGUCCUCAAAUAAAGACCAAGGGCUUUUUUCCUUCAACUUCUGAAGAUGCAAGACCUUCAUGAAAGGCCAUCCCAUUUUUAAUAUGCCAUAUUUUUCUAUAAUGCCCUUUUUCUGCCCCCAAAACAAUAUCGGCACAUCCUCACACGGACUUAGGUCUUGUUUCCAUCCACGUAUGCAGUCAUAUGCAUCUGCAAGUCCAUGCAGUCCUGUGGUAAUCCUGUAGUCUCUGACACGUGCAGAACCUUCCUUUUUUAUUUCACUUGAAUUUGCUUCAAAAGCAUUACAGGUUCUGCAGUAGAUCCAGAGUAACUAUACUAUGUGCCAAGAAGUUGAAUAAACAAAGUACUGAACAGGCGAAAGGAAACACUAGCUUGACAGGCUGUUCCUAAACUGGAUCAAAAGCCUGGACUUUACUUGAAUCCAAGUUUUUAUUUGAGGAUAAACAGUAUGCAACCUCGUCUGUGAGAUUUGAAGGAUUCAAUCAGGUACUUACUUUAAACAAAGUUGGAGAUUGUAAAUGACUACCAAAUCAUGCCUGCUUGCAGUCUGGAGUCAUGGGAAGACUGAAUAUAUAUGAUUUAUUUGAUUAUGUAUCUUUGUAUGAAGAAAGCAUUUAUUUUUGUAAAUGUUUUAGUAGUUAAAUGAGUUUAUUUAAGCUAAUUUCUUGAAAGGAAAACAUGCAGGAAUAUUUUGAAGAUACAUUUCAUGGACUGAUUUUGAAUCUAACUUAAAUGCCGUUAAGCUGCAACGUAGGACGCGUUAUCGCUUUAAAUGAAGGUCAGUAUUGAAAUAUUUGAGCUUCUUCUAACAACUGGAUUCAGUAAGGCUGCUUUUUCAUCUUCUCUGCAGGUUUGUCCUUGUGACGUAACCUGUGCAAGUUACAACUUAUAAACAAACUUUUCACUAGAGAGGUUUGGGUGUCUUAAACAAAACACAGUAGCUGUAACUGAGAGGGUUUGUCUUCAGCAGUCAGCUUGUUGAAGGUGAAGCUUGCAUCUCUGUGUUGGUGAUUUUUAUAAAAAAUAAAACUGUCUUUCGCUGGUGCAGAGAGAUCUGAGCUCUGCUACCACAUCUCUGGCCUGGCAGGUGCCAGUUGAAGUGUCAUCAUGUCGAGCACACUUCUGGGAGACACAUGG